AUGCUGUCGCUUUAUUUUUGUGUCGAUGGACUUUCCGCGUAUGGGUCAUGAUAGAGCGCGCUACCAAGUGUUUUCAACUUCAUUGUUUAUGCAAGCAACUACCAUAGGAUUUGAUUGGCAAAUGUUUCAAAGCCAGCCUCGGAUACCCAAAGUGAGAUGGAAUAAAAAAAAGCCCAGUUGAACGGCAUUUUUGUACCUUUGUUCCGGGUUUAAUAUUUGCGUGUCUCGAUAAUUAUAAUGAAAGCUAUUGUCACUGGUGCCUCUGGUCUUUUAGGCAGACCUACUUUAAAGCAAUUUCAAGAUGCUGGCUGGGAUGCUGUCGGCGUUGCCUUUUCUCGAGCCAACAACGGAUUGAUCAAGUUGGACUUGACUGAUACUGCUGCUGUCAAAUCCUUCCUCGAUGAACAAAAGCCGGAUGUUAUUGUUCAUUGUGCGGCUGAGCGACGACCUGAUGUUGCUGACAAGGACCGUGACGCAGCUAAGCGCUUGAAUGUUCAAACUCCUGAAUUGCUCGGAAAGCUCUGCAAGGAAAGAAACAUCAUGCUUAUCUACAUUAGCACAGAUUAUGUCUUUGACGGUAAAAAUCCACCCUACGAAGUGGAUGAUAAGCCUCAUCCCUUGCAAUUCUAUGGAGAGACAAAGCUUGCUGGCGAGGAAGCCAUUCGAGCUGUGUAUCCUGAAGCUGUCAUCCUUCGUGUCCCUAUCCUCUACGGUGUCACGGAAUUCAAUGGAGAGUCUGCUAUCAACAUUUUGAUUGAUGUAGUCAUGAACCGUGAUAAAAAAGGAACUGUAGACAAUGUCGGAAAGCGCUAUCCUACGAAUGUCAAGGAUGUGGCUCGAGUACUCAAAGACUUGGCAGUUGAACGCCUCGAAAAGAAGAGAGAUGACGUCCAAGGUAUCUUUCAUUUUACUGGAGAAGAAGCAUGGACCAAGUGGGAAGUCUGUGAAUUGAUUGCUGCUGUUAAAAAAGUAUCUAUUGACCAUUUGACACCACAGAAUACAGUUGAUAAGAGUGCUUCCGUUUCGAGACCAGAAGAUUCCCACCUGUCAAACAAGCGCCUCAAAGAGUUCGGCAUCGACACAAGUAGUGUAGACGUAAAGGAAUGGUUCUCGCAGUAUUUGACAGCUGCAAAUGAAUGAACAACUUUGCAUAAACCAUUCCGUUUUUUUUUUUGUUUGUUUGUUUGUAUCUUUAAGUAAUCAAGAAAAGAGAUAGAUACGUAAUUAUGUGUUCAUAGUAAAACAUGCAAUCAUCAAAUGUAUUCUCUUCUUCAUUAUUGUAAAACUG